AUGCAACCCAAAGCAGAUGAAGAUGCACAUGCAUCAUUCCCACCAGAUAAACAUGCCUCGGACGAGACGGAGCGUCUGCUACGGCAUGAUCCACCCGAGGAGAUAAAUAUCUGGGCGUCGCGCAGACAGUCCCGUUCCUGGUGGGCCAUCAUCGCCAUCUCGCUGCUGCUGUUUACUAUGUCCGUCCUGUCGCUGGCUGUUUUCUUCACGCUGGGUUUUGGCGCAGGGGCUGCCCCUCAUGUGCCCCAGAGCAGACUGUCCAGUCCGAUCAAGAACGUCGUGGUUCUGGUGCAGGAGAACCUGUCGUUCGACAACUACGCCGGCGGCCUCACAUACCAUCCCAGUAUUGACGGUCUCGUGAACCGCGAGUACUGCAACCCGGCCAAUGUAUCCGAUCCCCACUCGCCGAUGGUGUGCGCAAAGCCCACGGCGAAGAAUGUCGCCCCGGAUGAUCCUGAUCACAGUAUCACCGGUGGGAACCAGCAAGUGUAUAGCACCUAUCAUCCGGACUACGACCUGAAUUCCCCCAACAUGCAAGGCUUCGUCGCCGAGCAGAUCGCCUCGUACGGCAUCGAAGGCGACCUCUCUCGCGCAGGCGAGGUCAUCAACUACUACACCCCGGAGCACGUCCCCGUCUUCAACGCCAUGGCCGAGAACUUUGUGCUCUUCGAUCGCUGGUUCGCCGCCGUGCCCGGCCCAACCAAUCCUAAUCGCGCCUAUCUGACCUCCGGCACGUCGCACGGCCACGGCACCAACGACCCCGACUUCGACAGGUCGGCGCUGCCUCAGCGCUCCAUCUUCGAGCAGCUCUCCGCCAACAACAUCAGCUGGAUCAACUACUCCAACACGACCGGCUUUCUCCCGGACGCGCUCUUCUACCGCUGGACCGCCAUGUCAGGACUCGGCGAGACCAACGUCCGCCCCAUUGACCAGUUCUACCGCGACGCAAAAGCAGGCACCCUGCCCCAGUUCACCUGGAUCAACCCGGAAUGCUGCUCGUACAUGUCCUUCCAUCCCCCGUCACCCAUCAAUAUGGGCGAGGGCUGGAUCAAAAGCGUCUACGAGGCGCUCCGCUCCUCCCCGCAGUGGCACGAGACCCUCUUCAUCCUUACCUUUGACGAGCACGGCGGGUUCGCGGACCAUGUCCCUCCCCCGGAGAACGUGCCUGCAGGCGACGACCUGACCUACACCGAGACGGCGCCGGACGGCAAGGUCGCCACGUUUGCGUUUGAUCGGUUGGGGAUCCGGGUGCCGACGGUGCUGAUGUCGCCGUGGGUGGGCAAGGGUGUUGUGCAGAACAAGCCGACGGAUCAGAGCGGGGAGUUCACCCAUACGUCUAUCCUGAAGUUUGUGGCUGAUCUGUGGGGGUUGGAGUACUUGUCGCCGCGUGUGGCCUGGUCUGCUAGUUUUGCGCAUUUGAUUAAGGAUACGUAUCGUGAGGAUACACCGGAGAAGUUACCUGAGCCGGCGGAUUUCUAG